AGGCUUGGAUGUGCUGGUGCUGGUGAGCAGAGUCCUCUCCUCACCGCAGCCCAGCCUGUCCCGGGACUGCCGGUGUCACCUGGAUGUCACCCCACGGCCACCAUGCCACCUUCCUGUGACGUCUCCCCAUCACAUGAAGGUUCUUGCAACUUUGGUUGCUGCUUCCUGCCUGUGGCAAGCAGCAGAGGCAGAGCACAGGCAGGACAGCCGUGCUGCCACACCCUGCCUGUCCCCUGCCCGGGCAUCCCCCGGCCACCGACACCAGGGCCCUGCGUGGCCCAGCAGAGGGCACCUCAUGGAUGACGACCGUCCCCUCUUCAUCACCUUCAAGCCCUGUGGUGAAGACAACACAGCCAGAGCCAAGCCAGCACCCAGCACAACCCCCAUCCAUCCCCAAGGGGCAGAGCAGCCACCAGGACACCACAGCAGACAUGGCAGGGUAGGACAUGGGGCCGUGAGGGUGGACACGAGCCCAGCUCACCCUCCCAGCACUCACACAGCUCUCAGGGGCUGUGUCCUCACUGGGAGCCCUGUGCAGGGGGCAGAACAUCCUUGUCACAUAUCCCCAUCUGAGCUCCCAGUGCUGUCCUCUUCCCUCCAGGUCCCUCCAGGCCCCUGGUCACCUCCAGCAGCCCAGACCCUGCCAGAGGAGGAACCGUGGCCGGAGCGGGUGGCCCUGCGUGCCCAGACGAGGCUGUGGUUUGAGCAGACACAAGCCCAGAGGUUGGGGCCCAAGGGGGAGCUCCCAGUGUGGUUCCACGGCUUCAUCAGCCGGAGGGAGGCAGAGGAGCUGCUGCAGGAUCAGCCCCUGGGCUGCUUCCUGGUCCGCUUCAGCGAGAGCACCGUUGGCUUUGUCCUCUCCUACAGGGGCCGGGAUCGCUGCCGCCACUUUGUCCUGGACCAGCUGCCGGACGGGCGCUACGUGAUCCUGGGGGAGCGCGGCGGCCACGCCGAGCUGGCCCAGCUGCUGCAGCACCACGCCACGGCCCCCGUCAGCCCCUACCACGAGUUCCUGACCGUGCCCCUGCCCUGCACACGGAAGGAGGAGCCGCGAGCCGACGCCGCGCAGUCCCCGCUGAGCCAAGCGCGGCUCCCGGAGCUGGAGCCCCCCGGAGAGCCGCUCCCAGCCCUUCCCUCAUUCCUGCCCGGGCUCUCCCCGCAGGUUCCGCCGUCGCUCCCGGCCAAGAGCGGCUCCCGGGCGUCGCGCAGCCCCUCCGGCAGCUCGGCAGCGCCCGAGCCUCCCACCUAUGCCCUGGUGAACAAGGAAGGAGCUCGCCCCGAGGCCCCCGAGGUUAAGUACCAGCAGCUCAUGUGUUUUCACGUCUAUGCCGAGCCCCGAGAGGAGCACACCCCGGCAGAACCCAUCCCCUUCUACGCCAUGGCUCGGGGCUGGAGCCCCCGCGCCGGUCCCGAGGAGAACAUCUACUCCGAGGUGGCGCUGAGCCGGCAGGAUUUACCUGCUCGGCUGCCCGUGGCACCCCAAAAUGCCUUCUCCACGCUGCCCCCCAAACCCCGGCCGCACCGGCGGCUCUUCCGCAGCGUUUCCAGCCAGGACUGCAAGAGGAGGCAGCUCUCAGCGGCUUCCAGCAUGGACAGGAGGGACGGAGGAGCUUCCAGCACGGGCACAAAGGUCACUCAGAACCCUGCCCUGGAGCUGGAUGAUCCUGUGUAUGGCCAGAGCACACCCAGGGAGCAGCAAAGCACGGCCAUGGCUGAGAACGUGUACGAGCAGCUGCCUGGGGACUGCCCCUGAGCACCUGCACGGGGGGCUCAGGACAUGAGCUGGCUCCAGGCAGGAGGGACCUCAGCCUUCAUCCCACUGCAGGAAGCCUUGGCAGGAAAGGUCCAAGCAAUGCAAAUCUGCUCUUCUGCUUCCCAAGCUGUUGGACAGCACAGAGGAGAGCAGGGUUUUCACCCAUGAACACAUUCCAAUAGACUUCUGAUAAUUAAAUGAGGGGGAAAGGCUGUUACAGGAAAAGCAGGGAUGAGUUUGGCCAGAAACUGGAGUGAUGCCACAGCCAGGGCUGAACCUCUCCAGCCUGGACAUAACAGUCCAAGCCCUACAUGCUUCCUCAGCCACAAAAUUUGGGAUGACACCACUGUCCCAGGGCUGCCCAGCAGGUGACAAACCCUGACUGGAACUGUCACAGGGGUGCUGGCAGUGUCAGUGGUGCUCCCAGCUCAACAGGGGCAGGGAGCCAGGAUGGCCAAAGCCCUGGCUCAGAGGGAAACGGAGGGCUGGGGCAUUGUAGCUGUUUUAUCUCUGAGAAAAUUCACUUCUGAUUUUUCACAAACCUGAAUUCUGUUGCUCUUAGAAGGCUGAAAGCAGAACAUGAUCUCUUGAAACUCCCCUUGGUGCUAAACCUGAGCCAUGACCCCAGUGAGAAAUGGAAAGGGGUACCUGGGACACCCAAACCCACACAAUCUGUGCUCCACACUGCACACUGCCCAGGCCAAGAGGGUACCUGGGUGAGGAUCCAAGCCCCUUGUGAUGGAAGUGGGGAUGGGUGGGUUCAUUUAGAAGUAUAUUCCUUUACCAAAUCUCUUCUGGGAGGAUUUCACUGUACAUACAAGAUACGAAUAAAUUACUCAACAGUAGCUUUAUUCUGAUCAUUCAAAUACUCAAAACAGGCUCUGCAAAGUACUAAACAUACAGGGAGCUAAACUAAAAUGAGAUUAGUUUAAAAUGUUCUAAGAAAAGACUUCAGUCAUGGGGAUUUGCCUGUUUUUAAGAGGUAACAUGGGAGAAAAACCACCUCUUGGGAGUUCUUCUUACUGGAAUAACAAAUAUUGGCCAUUUGAGCUGUGGUUACAACAAAUAAAACCAGGAGUGGUGGGAAUAUAAGUUAAAUAACCAGGCCAGCUCUCUGCUCCCUUCAGCAUCAUGCUUUGGUGAACAACAAAGUGAUGCCACAGAGAUUUGGAUCCAUGGAUUGGGCCAGCAGAGCUGCACAGGAUUUGCAGUUGCAUCACCUCGACAGAAUUCCUUAAAUUAAAAAAAGUUUCAUUUGAAGAAGUUAGGGCUGGGCAGUCUCCUCUUCCCAGCCAGGAGGGUAAAGUCAACACUUAAUUGAAAGAGAACUGAUACAAAUAAGCUGGGGG